AUGGCGGUAGAAACACAAAUGAUGCCUGUCAUGAACGGACAUGCCUUUAAUGGCGAUGUCGAAAUGGAGAAUGGCAUUCGGGAUCCUUCACUCAGGUUUACCAGUGGACUCAUCCUACCACCUCCAGAAAUCAAAUCUGUCAUCGACAGAACAGCAUUGUUCGUCGCUCGCUCUGCGAACCCGCCUCAGUUUGAGGAUAAAAUUCGCGAGAACCAGCGUCAGGAUCCCAAGUUCUCGUUUCUCAACCCCGCGGAUCCUUAUCAUGCUUACUAUAGGCAUCGCAUGGAAAAGAUAGAGGCCGGAGAGGAGCUGGAUGAAACUUCGCAAGAAAAGGAAAAGGUGGACGGGGUAGAAGAAAUGCCAAUGACUCCAGAAGAUCUCGGCGUCGAACCACCUCAGCCGCAGUUUGCUAUGGACAUGCCCAAUGUUAGCCCUAUUGACUUAGAUAUCAUGAAGCUGACUGCACUUUUCACCGCCCGUCGCGGACGGACAUUCUUGGCGACACUUUCACAGAAUGAGGGAAGGAACUAUCAGUUCGACUUCCUGCGACCCACUCAUUCCCUCUUUGGUUGUUUCAACCGCCUCGUGGAACAGUACCUCAAAAUUUUGUAUCCAGGUAAGGAGAUGCUGGCGGAGUUGAGUAAUAGGGCGCAGGAAGGCGCGAAGGGGGCAACGUUAGAGCAGUCAAGAAAACACGCCCGUUGGGAACGCUUGAAAAGGGAGAAGGACAAGAAGAGACAAGAUGACCAGGAAGCAGAAAAACGUGCAUUUGCUGAGAUCGACUGGCAUGACUAUGCAAUCGUUCAAACGAUCGAUUUCACGGUUGCUGAUGCAAAUUCAGAGCUGCCUCCUCCAAUGAGCGUACAAGAAGUGGAGAGCAUGACACUCGCUCAAAAGAGAAUGGCUGCUAUGAUCAUGGAAAACACUGCGGAUGAAAUAGAAGCUCACAAGGCCAGACAGGCUGCAGCAGAGGCCGAAGCGGCCGCAGCUGUCAGCGGUGUUGGGAUUGGGGCUGUUGAAGAUGAGGACGCUGCAAUGGAACAGAGUGAUGACGAGGACGAUGAAGCACAACUGAGGAGGAAGAGUGAAGAUGAGGAGAGAGUGAGGGAACUUGAGCGCGCCCGCGCAAUGCAAGCCAGUGCCAGCAUUUCGGGACCUAUGAAGAUCAGGACAGACUAUGUUCCAAAACUUGGUGCCAAGAAGGGAGCUGCCCUCACAACGUGCACGAUUUGUGGACAGCAGAUUCCUGUUGACGAACUUGAUGAGCACAUGCGUAUUGAGCUACUGGAUCCCAAGUGGAAGUCUCACCGUGACAAUAUCGAAGCUCGUAAAGCUCAAGCGUCCGAACUUCUGCGCGGUGCAAACGUAGUAUCGUCACUCAAAAACUUGGCCCGUACACGUGUGGACAUUUUCGGUGCCGAGGCUGACGAGGAGAGACGGAAGAAAGAGGAAGAAGAAGAGAAGGAACGCCGGAAAGAGAGGGAAAAGGUUGUGUGGGAUGGUCACACUGCGACGAAGGUUUCUACGAUGGACAAAUACUCGACCAACGUCAACUUCGACGAGCAAAUUGCUGCUAUCCAUCGUGCAAAGGGUCUUGGACCCCAGGAUGCCAAUGCGAUCGGCCCUGGAAUUGGCCCUGUGUCAGCACCUCCGCCUGCAAUGACGGGUCUACCUCCUCCUCACGCAUCAUUACCUGCCCCUCCUGUGCAAUCAUCCGGGUCCGCUUCUUACUCUUCUGCCUACUCAUAUCCGCCUCAGGCACCGCCAGUUAUGCUCCCACCUCUUCACUAUCAAGGUCUUGACUCUGCGCAGCCGUUCGGUUACCAGCCCCCUGUCGCCGGGAUGCAUCCUUCUCGGAUGGCAGGAAUGAUGGCUGGUGGUGUGGGAACACCGCCACACGCAGGUAUGGUGCGCAGCGCAGACGAGAUGGAAGGACUGGAAGAACAGCCUGCUAUCAAACGGCAAAAAAUUGCAAAACUGCCUGGUGGUGCUUUGUAUCCCGAAGCAGACUGGGUUGCAAUGCAUCCCUACACCAUAUCACUCUUGGUGCAACUUCCCAACGACCCGUCUAAGCCGGAAUGGAAGCUUGAUGGCCAGACGGUCACUGUUACAGACCUUCCUCUCACUCUGUUGGUUUCAACGCUGCGUGAUCGGAUAAAUCAAGUUCUUGGCAGCAAUCUCCCUCUUUCCAAAGUUCGAAUAUCGUAUGCGGGUAAGAUGCUGACGAAUAACAGUACUAUCGCCAGCCAUAACUUGGAGGAGGAUGAUCUUGUUGUACUCAGCAUCACUGCUGGUAAGAAGAAGUGA